AGCAAAUUCCUCUACCCAAGGAAGAAAAAAAUUUCACCUUCAAAAAGCUCUCAACAUCUCCUCAUUCUCUCACAAUUCUUUCUUCACCAAAAAAAAUGGAGCCAUGGCUAGAUGACUUAACUGAUGACCUACAAAGCAUUAGCUUCAACUCCACUACUACCACAACCACAACUACUACUACUACAACUGACAUUAAUCGUUCCACUAGUUCUGGUUCAGAAGCCACGUGGACUGCCAACUCAUCAUCUUCCAACUCUUUUAUUAAACCACGCGCUGCUACGCCAUCUGGUGACCCGUAUUGGGAUGCCAUCACACGCGCUGUUUCUACUUCACCCAACUCUGCAGUUUCACUUACUGAUCUACGGUUUCUUCAUCGGCUUGGUUCUGGUGAUAUUGGCUCUGUUUAUCUAGCCGAGAUUAAAGCUCACGCGCCGCAGAGUGCGAAGACGGCGGCUUUCUUCGCUGCGAAAGUAAUGGAUAAGAAGGAACUAGCGAGCCGUAAUAAGGAAGGAAGAGCAAGGACAGAACGGGAAAUACUUGAAAUGUUGGAUCAUCCUUUUCUUCCAACGCUUUAUGCUUCAAUUGAUUCACCAAAAUGGUCGUGUUUGUUAACGGAGUUUUGUCCCGGUGGUGACUUACACGUACUCCGGCAACGUCAGCCGUUGAAACGCUUCCCUGAAUUCGCCGUCAGGUUCUACGCGUCGGAGGUGGUGGUUGCGCUGGAGUACAUUCACAUGCUGGGAAUUGUUUACCGCGAUUUGAAACCUGAAAACGUUUUGGUCCGAUCGGAUGGUCAUAUCAUGCUCACAGACUUUGAUCUCUCACUAAAAUGCGACACCUCCACAUCAACACCAGCUCAAGUAAUUUCAACCCAAAGUACGCCUAAUGGUGGACCUCAACAAAACGAGUACAAAAUUGAACCACCAAAGUUCACAUCUUCUUCAUGUAUCCUCCCCAACUGUAUAGUACCUGCUGCUUCAUGCUUCCAUCUGAGAAGAAAGCGCAAGAAGAAGCCAGGCCAAUUUGGUGGCCCCGAAUUUGUUGCUGAACCAGUCGAUGUUCGUUCAAUGUCUUUCGUGGGAACUCACGAGUACUUGGCACCAGAGAUUGUGUCAGGCGAAGGCCAUGGUAGUGCAGUAGAUUGGUGGACGCUAGGGAUAUUCAUAUUUGAAUUGUUAUAUGGAGUAACACCCUUUAAAGGGAUAGACCAUGAACUAACUCUAGCUAACAUCGUUGCUCGAGCCCUCGAAUUCCCAAAGGAACCAACAAUCCCAGCCCCAAUUAAAGACCUGAUAUCACAACUUCUUGCCAAAGAUCCAGCUAGAAGAUUGGGGUCAACUAUGGGUGCCUCAGCAAUCAAACAUCAUCCAUUCUUCCAAGGAGUCAACUGGGCACUUUUAAGAUGUACAUCACCACCAUUCAUUCCUCCUCCAUUCAGUAAAGAAUUCCUGUCUGAUGGAAGUUGCCCUGAUACCCCAGUGGAAUACUACUAGCCUAUAUUACUUGGACUCUUCAAAAAUUCCAAAAAUGUACUACUGUUGGAGGAUCAGACACGCACGCGACUCCUUUUGAAGGAUCCAACAUGCACCCAGCUGCAUUUUUGAAAAGGAGCAACAUAGCUACUAGGUAGUGUGAAUAAAGAUUCAAAAAGUCAAAAUUUUUGGACCAGAUAAGUUGCAGCUUCAUUUCAAGAAGUCAUUAGUGGUGGGACUUUUUUCGUGGAGCUUAAUUACUGGGCUGGAGAUAACUGGCUAUUAAAUCAAUAUUUAUCAAUAUUGACCCCCACCUAAACGAAUAUGAGGCUAUUGAAAUGCAACAAAGACUGGUUUUUGUUGUUGGUUGUUAGCCUAUGAUCUCUUGUACAUUAUUAUAGGUGGACAGAGGAAGGAAGGUUCAUUUUCUACAUCUUUUUCUGUUUGAUAAAGAAGCCUGUUAUCUCAAAGUCAAUGCCUUUGUCGGUAACAUUUGGAUCCUGACAAAAUACAUGUAGACAUUGAUACACAAGCAAAGGACUGGUGGCUUGGAGGAUUUGGUUGGGUGGGCGGUGGAGGGUCAAGGAAUGGACCAGCAUCAUGUUUUUGCUAAUCUUGUUCGUUUCCUUAUGGAAAAGCAUGAUGUUUCCAUGUGAGUUGUUUAUUUAUUAGGAUCUUGUUAGGUUGUAGGGUAGUAGUCAUGGGUGCCUUGUGAAUUUUAUAAAUUAUAUAAAUAUUUCCACAUAAAUAAUUAUAAUGGUAUUAUUAGUCCUC